AUUGAGACCAAAGGAAGAAACCGCAGACUAGAUGCAAACUGCACAUGAAGACCUGUCAAAGCAGGACAAUGUUAUCCCUUCUCCCAUGCAAGUUCAUGAGUGGUACACCGGGGAUGGUAGGGAGGCCUCCAAUGGGCAAUCUUCUGUAGUAACGGACGAUAAUCUCGGGCUUGAUAUGCAUCAAUUAGCAUCUCUAUGUCCCAUGGACACCACAGCUGACCAUGGAAAGGGCCCUAGCUGGGACAACUUCCCUGGAAUUCGCUGACAGCACGGAUGCACAACUCAUGUAAACAGAAAAAGGGGAAGGGCUUCACAUUUUGUUUUGUCUUUGCUGGUAUAUAUGAUAUCAUUUUGUAUUUGGUUUGAUUGUAUAUUCUGUAAUAAAGGUAAUAAAUAAGAAUUCUGAUG